AAACUAGAUUUCAGUGCAUUUUCUAGUGAAUCUGAGGGAGGGGUACGCUGUAGGAAAGCUCGUUGAUAUGUGCAGUUGAAGAAGGACGUGGAAAAGUAGCGCUUUUUGGUUUUAUGUGAAAGCGCUGGACAUUUACUUUCGAAGCAGAAAACUGGAACAACUCAUCGGAGCUUCAAACAGGCGGAUGUUCUAGAAGGAAUCCACCCAGGUCCUCCUCCAGAUAAGAAACCAAAUGGGGAAUCUGUUAAAAGUUCUCACUUGCACAGACCUUGAGCAGGGGCCAAACUUUUUCCUUGACUUUGAAAAUGCACAGCCAACGGACUGCGAGAGGGAUGUGUGGAACCAGGUGAACGCCAUGCUGCAGGAAUCGGAGAGCAUCCUGUUAGGCCUACAGGCUUAUAAAGGAGCAGGGCAGGAGAUACGAGAUGCCAUCCAGAACCCCAGUGACAUGCUUCUACAGGAGCGGGCGUGGAACUCGGUCUGUCCGCUCGUCAUCAGGCUCAAGAGGUUCUAUGGCUUCUCCAUCAGGCUAGAGAAGGCCCUGAAGAGCCUGCUGGAGUGCCUGACGUGCCCCCCAUACACACCCACUCAGCACCUGGAGAAGGAGCAGGCCCUGGCCAAGCAGUUUGCCGAAAUCCUCCACUUCACGCUGCGCUUUGACGAGCUCAAGAUGAGAAUCCCAGCCAUCCAGAAUGACUUCAGCUACUACAGAAGGACCAUCAGUCGAAACAGGAUAAAUAACAUGAAUCUGGACAUUGAAAACGAGGUCAACAACGAGAUGGCCAAUCGGAUGUCUCUGUUUUAUGCGGAGGCCACACCCAUGCUAAAGACCCUAAGCAACGCAACAACAAACUUUGUCACUGAGAAUAAGACGUUACCCCUGGAGAACACGACAGACUGCCUGAGCACCAUGGCCAGUGUGUGUAAGGUCAUGCUGGAGACACCAGAGUACAGUAGUCGCUUCAACAGCGAGGACACGCUGCUCUUCUGCAUGCGGGUGAUGGUGGGGGUCAUCAUCCUCUACGACCACGUGCAUCCUAACGGAGCCUUCAACAAGUCCUCCAAAAUUGACAUGAAAGGAUGCAUAAAGGUCCUGAAAGAACAGCCAACAGAUAAUGUCGAAGGUCUUCUAAAUGCCCUCAAGUUCACCACCAAACAUUUGAAUGACGAGUCCACUCCGAAGAACAUCAGGACUAUGCUUCAGUAAAGUUUGUUUAUUUUUGUUUGUUUUGUUUUUGUUUGAUUGAUUUUGUUUUUAUAUAUAUGAGGAGGAUCAAUGUACUGACCUCAAAGAUGUAUAUGUUUACAUUAUUUAAGGACUUGAUGUUGAUACUUGUGUGUAUUUACAUAGUCAUUCCCUCCAUGUCACUGAAACGUUGAGAAAAUGUACCUUUUUUUUAUUCUAUAAAAUCAAAUCUACCAUCGCUGAUUGCCUAUACUGUUUGUUGAAAUACAAAAUCAAUGAUGCCUUUUUUUUUUUUUUUAGAAAAAAAAGCCUUACAAACACUCUUGAAAAUAAUUUGCCAUGCAGCUACCUGAACUUGCAACACUCCCACAUAUAAUGAAGUGAUCGUAUUUAACCAAAGGGGGUCAUUUUGUUUGUGUCGUGCCCUGGGGAGGGUGGAUGUGGAAGCCUACGGUAGUAUUGGUGUAUUGAUGGACGGUCUUGGUAGGUUAAUGCACACACACUGUGCUUGUGCAAAAUGUGUGACUGGCCAAGGCAAGACCGUGUGACACACAAAAGAAGUACCGGAACCAAAUGUUCUUUCUGUUGUGUGUGUGUGUGUGUGUGUGUGUGUGUGUGUGUGUGUGUUUAGUUCACUUGACGUGUUUGUAAACUGGUUUCAGAAGACGUAUGACAGUAUUUUUAUCUUAUGUGGACUUUUUGUUUUCCAGCUGCUUGUUGGGUUAUUUGUUUGGCUCAUUAACUUCUAACGGAACCCAAGUUCUCUUCAACAUUACUUUACUAUGUGAAAUAAAAUAAGAUGACGAAGUAUUUAUCCACAUAUCUGUAAGCUGCCUUGUCUACAGAGUUUAGGCGCUCUUAGUUCAAAUGUUAUUCAGCCUGUUUUCUUUCCAUUAAAUGAAGCCAGAAAGUAAAACGCUUUAAAAUCACAAGCUCCCCCAGCAUUUUGGGAACUCCUUUAGAAACGGGAAUAAGUGUUUGUAACAUGUAUUGGUGUGACUGGAAAUGGCCGUCAUGUUCUCAGUAAAUCAAACUCCAGUAGACCACAGUGAUGGUGUUCGUGUGAGAAUCAGUCUGUGAGGUAGAGAGGUUUGUGUUCAUGUUGGUGCAGUUCGUAGGAGUUUCUUGCAUAGCUUCCAGGUAAACGGGUAUCUCUAAGUCUUGCGAACAUUUUAAUUGAACUGUUUGUCCCGAAACUGAAACCACCCCAUCAUAAAUGUCACAGUAGAUGCAGUGCUGACUCAUGUCGUGAUCAUGGGUAAUCGUCAUGGUUGCACUUACUUUUGGAUACCUUGCAGCCAAUAUUACACACUGAUGAACAUCAAAAUAUGACGGGUUGUGUGAUAAUGACUGAUCAUUUUUAUAUCUGAAAUAAUGUCAUGAAACGUAUACAUCUCAUCUACUGUGACCAUGUUUGUGACAUGGCUAUAUUUGUCUCUAGACACAGGGUUCAAGUUAAAAUGUGCCUAAAUCUUUCAGGUUCACAUGAGCCAUCCACCGUCAAGUGUAUGAGAAGAUGCCUAACUUUUGUAACUUCUGCUUUGUAGACAUUUAAAACAAAACAAAAAACUAAAAAGCCAUCUCUCCUUCCUCUCCUCUCUCAUUCGCUCUGCUUCAGUGAUGCUGUAUAGAAAAGAGCUUGGGAGGUCAGCUACAGAUGCUACGCUACUCAUGAAGCCUUUAAUGAAGUUAAUCGUCAGGUUUUAGUAUUGGCAGAGAGGCGGGUGCUUCUGUGCUGCUGUUCUUAGAUCAUGUCCUUCAGGAUGACCUUGCUGAACAUUUCUGAAGUUUCGUGCUCACAAGAGUUCAGGUUUAGAACCGAAGUGGUCUUUUGCCCUCAUUCUCAGUCAUUUUUGUGGAUGGUAUUCCCGGAACUGAACCUCCAAUGAAAGGGCAUUGCAUAUCAAUACAAACAAGGGUAGUUUCAGUGUGUUUGGAGCACUUGUGAGAUUGGUAUGACUGUCACAUGCUUUGAAUAAAUAGGCUUUUUUGUCUCAUAGCCAUGCCACAGUGUGCCUGAUUUGUGGAUUUUGGUGAUGAUAGAAUUCGGUGUGUCGGUGGUGGUGUAGUGUUUUUUUUUUUUUUUUUUUUUUUUUUUUUUGAACCAUGUGUAAUUGGGGCAUGAGCGGACCCAUGUGUCAGACAAUCACCUACUGUUUGUCCACUCCUGGCAGGGUUUAGCAUUCAAGUAAACAACAGUGUUUCUGCCCAGCACAAGUGUAGAUGUAAACCUAUCUGGUGUGUUUUGCUGAGCUCUCAUUCAAAACAGCUUUUGUAUGUGUAAUGGCGAUGAGGAAAAAAUGCUUUGGUCAAACAUAGAUGUUCACAGGUGACUGGUUUGUUUGAAUCGUGGUAUCAUCGGAACCCAUCUGAAAAGCCAUAAACUAACCAAUGCAUUACUAAUAAAGCCAUGACAAAAAAAAACAUAUCUAUGUUCUACCUAUGACAAUAUUCACAGUAUAUACUGCUAACUCAUGGUGUAAUAACAAUAUGAGCUAUAUCAUUCCGAGUAUCAGUUGCAAUUGUACAUAGAGGGUAAAUGUUUUUAGUUUCUGCAAAAGCAUUUUGUAAGACAUCAACUCUUGACAGACACAAUGCCUUUACAGUGCAGGGUGAAUGUUUGCAAAUCAUCUUUCAAUAUUGAGGAGAGAUGUGUUAACUGACAUUUGUUUUUAAUAUUUCUUCAAGCCGAUUAUUUGUUUUAUAUACACCCUGUGUCACUUGCCUGUUUUGUUGCAGAAUGGAUGUGUGGAUCAACAAUAAAAUUGGUACAUUUUCA